CGACGCUGAGCAGCGCAGAAGAAGAAUGUGGAAACAGCCGUAGAAGUAGCGCCUGCGGUUGUGUUAACAUGUCUGCGAUGCUACACCUUUUUUUGUGUAAUCGAUAGUACAUUUCUGUCGUUAUUAAGCUAAAAUGGGCAAGAGAGACAAUCGCGUGGCUUAUGUAAACCCUAUUGCUGCUGCAAGGGCCAGGGGGCCGGUACAAAACUCUGGACCUACUAUACAGGAUUACCUAAGCAGACCACGACCAACAUGGGAGGAACUGAAGGAGCAGCUGGACAAGAAAAAGAAGGGUUCUCGAGCCCUGGCUGACUUUGAGGAUAAAAUGAAUGAGAGAUGGAAGAAAGAACUGGCGAAAAACCGAGAAAAGUUGUUGGGUGGAAGCGAGAAGGACAAGGAGAAGCAGGAAAAGAAGGAGAAGAAGGAGAAGAAGAAGCGAGAGAAGAAGAAAUCCAACAGGCAUUCCUCGUCUUCCUCCUCUUCAUCGACUUCUGAUUCUUCCAGCAGCUCCUCCUCAGAAUCUGAAGAUGAGGAAGAAAAGAAGAGCAUGAAGAAGAAAUGGAAGAAAAAGAAGUCAACAGCCAGGAGAGCGUCGGAAAGUUCAGAGGAGGAAUCGGACAUGGAAAUCAAGAAAAAGAAAAAAAUCAAGGAAGAAGUGGACAAAGACAAGGAUGACAAGAGCCGUAGGAGGAAGAGGAAAACUGAGCGUAGUCAAAGAGACUCCUCUUCGGAUUCAUCUGAGGAUUCUGAGGGAGAGGAGGGCUCCGAGGCCAAGAAGAAAAAGAGAAGUAGUGAAGAAAAAGAGAAAAUCACAGACAAAUCCAAGAAGAAAAGGAAAAAGAAGCACAAGAAACACGGAAGGAAAAAGAAGAAGAAGGCCGCGUCUCAGUCCGAUUCAGAGCUGGAUUGAGGACCAGGAUUGGGCAGCUCAUCUCUGCUAUACUACAAUUCGCUGGUUUUGUUCACAAAAUGCAUCUCUGCUCCAGCUUCAUUUUUUUACACUCAAUUAUGGAAAUCUCUAGACUUAAAAGGUUGGAGUGAUAACUACAGGAAACACAUCUCCCUUACAUCUACUGGUACAUAUCUUUGGUUGGACUUUUAUCAUCCUUUUUUUUGUAGAUUGUUCUUUGUGUUCCAGUCUACAGCAGAAGUUAAGCAAUGCUUUCACUUCUCUUUUUGGACUAACGUUGAACAUAUUCCUGUGACCUUCACCUUCAGUAGGCUGGCCUGCCAGAAGUUUGUCUUGCUCUGCUUCACAUCCGACACCUCUAGUUGCUAGAUGAGGCUAACAUGCCUGUACUCGUGUCAUGCAUGCAGACCUGAUGAUGAAAGAUGGACAUGUAAUUUGAAAGAACAAAAAGAAGAAGAAAAAACAAGACAUACGAUCGACAUUAAUACAAGGAAGAAUGGUUCUGUUAGAGGAAUUAUUACACUGCAAUGUAAAUGUAUAAUUGAUGGGAAGCUCAUUAAUAAAGUAAUUGUUUUAGCCUUUGUUGCUGUUACCUCA